UGCUGAUUAGAUAGAAGGCAGUAUCACAUGACCCUUAAAUGGCUUAUGUCCUAACCAAAUUGUUUUUAACCACUCACUCAAACCUUCCAUAUACUUAUUCAUCAUCUAUAUAUAUCUAUACCUCUAGCAAACUCAACCAUACACAGCAAUACCAUUCACUUAAAAUUACAGAGCUAAACCUCUUAAGUCUUAUCCGCAAAAUUACAAAAAUCAUCAUGGCUAGACAUCUUGCAUCUGUUUUCGCCAAACAAAUUCUUCGCAGAUCUACGAAUAAAGCUUCCUCAACAUCUUCAAAUGUGCCAAAAGGUUGCAUAGCGGUUUACAUUGGAGAGACGGAGAAAAAGAGAUUUGUAGUUCCAGUAUCCUAUCUUAACCAGCCUGCAUUUCAAGAUCUGCUGAGCAAAGCAGAAGAACAAUUUGGUUUUAAUCAUCCGAUGGGCGGUUUGACAAUUCCCUGCACAGAAGAGACUUUCAUUAAUGUCACUUUUAGCUUGAGUAGAUAGUAUAAUCUGAGAUACUAAAUUAAUGUAGCAACUUAGAAAAACAAUUUUGUUAUGGCAGGACUGCCCAAUUCGAUGUAAAUAAUAAACAUUGUAUAACAUUUUCUCUUUUCAAAUGA